GCUCGAGCCAUUUUUGGCUCGACCCUCCUGCUCAUGCGGGGCUUUAUCCCACCUGGGCUCAAGGUCGCUUCUGGAUGCUGGACACUUGGCGAGGAUCUCGACCAGACUGCUCCCACUCCGAAGCGGCAAGAAAGAAGUGCAGGCCAGGAUCUCGACCAGAGCCCGACGCCAUCCAUGCUACACUUCAGGUUCCCGCGCGUGCUAGUAGGGUCCUGCCCCCAGGUAGGGCGCGGGCCCCCCAGAGGGGCCGCCGCAGAGGCCUCUCGAGAGCCACACGAGCUCGAAGAGGGCACCGACAUGGCAUCAUAUGCCACCAACGUGACCCCAACAUGGCGAAGAUAGCCCUCCAUAGUACCAUAAACUUGCCGCCGGGACCGAUGUCAAUACGAAGAAUUUCCAGCAGCGUUUCCGCAAUCACACCACAUGCCAUUUAGGACAGAUUUCGUCGAUAGUAGUCGAUUGGUCAACCCUGGUCAACUUCACGGCUAGGAUCAGCGCGUGCGAAACAGAGGGACAGUGGCAGCGGGCUCUGACGCUACUCAGUGAGAUGCGGGAUGUAGAGUUGGAGCCCAACGUCGUCAGCUACAAUGCUGGGGCCAGCGCGUGCAAGAGAGCCAAGCAGUGGGAGUGGGCUUUGUCGCUGCUCAGGGAGAUGCGGGCAGUGAAGCUGAAGCCCGACGAUUUACUCGCUACAACACUGGGAUGCGCGCGUGCCUUGUUGCCUUACAGUGGAGGCAGGCCCUGGUGCUUCUCAGUGAGAUGUGUGAGGCAAAGGUGGAUCGCAAUGUCAGGAGCUACAACCUUGGGAUUGGGGCGUACCGCCAAAGCGGCAGGCGGUGGAAGAGCGCCCUGUUGUUGCUAAGCGAGUUGUCUGAGGCGAAGUUGGAUCCCAACGUCUACAGCUACAGUGCUGCGAUCAGCGCGUGCCAGGACAGCGAGCAGUGGCAUCAGGCUCUGGCGCUGCUCGGCGAUCUGCGGGAGAGGAAGCUGAAGCCCGACCAAUUUAUGUAUAUGUUUCUCGGUUACUCGAAGCAUGUCCGCCAUCUUAGGCCAGGUCGUGCAGAGUUCAGAGGCGCACUCCACAGGCCAGCCUUGGAUAUGGUACAGCGGAUGGAUCCACGCGUGCGAGACGGGUAAGCUGUCGGGUAAGCUGUGGUCGCUUGCUCUGUCGCUGCUCCGGGAGAGCCAGCAUGCCAGCGAAGCUCAAAGGCGAGAGGCUUACAAGUUUGCGAUCACUUGUCUGCUCCGCAGAGACGAUGUCGCCAACUAUCAGCUACAGCGCCAUCAUCUGCUGCUAUGGAACCGGCGCAUGAGAGAAAGGUCUUGACCUUUUUCGUUGCGAUAGCGACCAUCCGCAGUGCAGUACAGGCAGCCAGCGGCAGCAGGCCCUCGCGCUGCUCAGCGCGAUGUGGUGGUGAAGGUGAAUCAUGAUGUGAUCAUCUGUGCUACGAAACGGGGCGGCGUUGCGACCGAAGUCAGCACUACCAGGCAACAACAUGUAGGCGACCAUCAGCAACACAACAGCAGCACGACUCGUUCAUAUCGCACCACGAAAACGCACGGGUAGCACAGCUGCUUUUAUUCCGGCAUUGGGCAGUCAUGCGCACGUUGCCGUUACCCAGGGGAUUUUGGCCCGCGUCGUGGCCGCGUCGAUUCUAUGUCAAGGCACGCAGGUCAAGGCUUCGAUGUGCACUGAAGGGUUUCGGCCCCAUUGGUCCGCGUUGAGGCGUUCACGGUCACGGCUUCAUCCCGCAGACGCGAUUCCCGUACAGUGUUCGAGGGUUUUGGCCCACGUUGACGCUCUCGUUGCGACGGCUCCAGCCUCCCCCAGAAGCGAUUCCCGCACGGUCCUCGGAGAUUUCGGGAUGCACGGUGAGGUCGCGUCGAGGCCAUGUUGACGCCCUCCCGGCAAGGCCGCAGGUCAUCCCCCAGACGGGAUUGUCGCACAGGCCCCGAGAGUGCUGAGGCCAAGCUGGUGCCCUCGCGGAUAGGGCGUCGACGUCCCCGAGACCUGAUUCGCGAGGAUCUCGUGCCCGCCUUGAGGCCGUUUUGAGGCCCACGCGGCGAGGGCCUCAACAUCCCCCAGGCGUGAAUCCCGCAGGGCCCUCGAGAAUUCCUCGCGCCUGUUGAGGCCCCUGAAGACUGUGCUCCUCAUGACGCCCCACGGGUAAUCGCUCCUCGUGCCUCGGUGUGCACCUGGCACGGCAGCUUCGCGGGCCUGCGGCGCACGCAGCUUGCUGCCAGUAGCCAGUAUCGUAGCCCGGCCACGCUCCCAGAGGCGGCGUGAGGUGGCGGACCAACGACUCUUGUCAUGGGGGUUCGCGUCUCGUCCUCGCGUUUGCUCUGGUUUCCUCGCUUCUCUACCUUACGUUUCUUGUGCUUAUUUGCUGCCUGCCUUCUUUGCCGUCCGUUGUCUUCCCUGCUGUUUCUCCGAUCUACUUUCGCGCGUACUCUCUUGCCGUAGCCCCAUGGAGGAUGAGGCGCACGAG